AUGGCGGAACGAAGCGGGAAUAAGGUGCAAGGCUCUGCUCCUACCAAGUAUAGCAGCGGAGGAGCUGCACCACCAUCAAAAACUGCAAACAAUGGACAGUCAGACACUUUGAUGUACCCCGCAUUGCACUUGUACCCAUUAAAUGAUACAUUCGUUCCUAAGCAAAUCAACCUCGCUCCCGCUGGGCCUAAAAAUCGCAUUAAAAUUGGUCGGUACUCAAACAACAAGACUGUGCCGAGUCCAUUGAAUGGCUAUUUUGAUAGCAAGGUCCUUUCCCGUGCGCAUGCCGAGGUUUGGUGUGAAAAUGACAAGGUCUUUAUCAAAGAUAUCAAGUCCUCGAAUGGUACCUUUAUCAAUGGUACUCGCCUUUCACCUGAAUCUCAAGAGUCUGAACCUUUUGAAUUGCACAGCGAAGACGUUGUCGAUUUCGGUAUUGAUAUAUUGACAGAUGAUAAUAAGGAUGUGUUGCACCGCAGGGUGGCUUGCCGCAUCUACCUUGUUAUAACCCCUGAAGAUGCCUUGAAGCUCCGGAGUGAUUUCUCAAGUUUGUAUCGAGGUGGUAUUCAUGGUGGCUCUUUUGGUAGCAAUGGCUUGUGUCCUGGUGCCGAAGGUGGCUUUCGUCUUGGAAAACCAAAUGUCAACCUCGACCAUAUUGUUAUUCGGCUCCAGGGUGAACUGCAGAAAGGUAAAAUGAUCGGAACUGAGCUUCAAGCCCUGAGUUCGACAGUUCAGAACAUUCAUGAAACCUUAGGCGGUGGGGUAGCACCGGCACAAGAUGCGCCAUUCCCGGAACUCGUUCCUAAACCAAUGUCUUCUAAAGCCAUUGUUAGUGCUUCUGAACAACCUGCUCUUUUUGAUGCGCCAUCAUUGGCCGGAUUUGAGUCUCAGCUGGAGAGAACACAUGCGGAGCUGGCUAGCCACAUGGACAAGAUUAAAAGUCUAGAGUCUACGUUGGCUGCGUACAAUAAUAUCAAAGGCGAGGUGGCUGCACUCAAAGAGGAGCUUAAUCAGACUAAGCAAGGCCUUUCAACAUCCCAAAACUCUAUAUCAAUGGUUAAGCCUCACGACACAGAAUCACAAUUGCCUGAACAUGUCAGGGAGGCGACAUCGGGCUUUGAUUAUGCUAUAAGUGAUAUGACUACGGAUACCCUUAAAGCGCGUGAUACCGACUUUUCGGAGACCGAUGCGGACACAACAGAGUCUAUGCCUUUGUUUCAGCCUGGCAUGGACUCAGCUAACAUCACGAUCACAAAAUCUGAAUUAGCAUCAUUGCUUGCACGGAUUGAAACCCUAGAGCAAGACAAUCGUACUAUGAAGUCUGACAUGGCCGUUGCAUCGAACAGGUCAGAUAUGUCUAAUUUUGAUAUGACUGCGUUGCUUGGUCGAAUUGAACGUCUAGAGAGUGCCACACAACUGCAGCAACAACUGGAGCCUCCUACCUCGCCUGAUAUCAAUGACCCCUCUUUGGCCGAAUGGCGUGCGACGUUUGAGCAACGUUGGAAAGAACAAUCUUUGGACUGGGAAGCCGCCCAGCAGAAAAUUAACGAUGUGAUUGGAUCGUGGGGUGAUCCCACCACGCCUCGUGUGCUUACAUUCGGUGGACCAUUGGAUGAGAAUGAGAAUGAAGACGAUAACAAGGUAAGCCACUGGUCCGACCGGUUUGUUGACCCUACCUAUCAAGCCUUAGGCAUUAUGGUGAUUAUGCUGGGUUUGGCUUUACCAACAGUGCUUAUUUUCACGGCGCUAAAGUAUUUACUAUUCUAUUAA